AUGCAAGAGAAUGCAGAAGAUACAUUAAUCGAAGGAGGUAGAGGGCUUAUAAAACUGGAGCUUUCCUACAAGACGACCACUAUCGGUCUUGAUAAAUACCUCCAGGAGACGCAGGACACCCUUCUCCACUUUGUCAAAGACCAUGACGACAAGAGAUCCUUGUACUCCAUCAGCAGACAGUCAACGAAGUUUAGCCGGGAACUGGAAGUGCCUGCAACACCACCUGCAGAGGAUGAGGCGAGCACCACCUAUGCCCGCAAAACAAAGGCCAAGGCAAAACACCAGGGUCGCCAACAGCUCAGGUCCAAGUGGGAAUCAAAAGCGCUCCACGGCAAAUACCCACAGCGGGUGAAACAGGCUGAUGUGGACCAAGACAAGACCCACAGAUGGCUAAAAGCAGCCGGCCUCAAGGCAGAAACUGAGGGUUUUAUCAUCGCAGCCCAAGAUCAAAGCCUCUCAACACGCUGGUACCAACAUAACAUUCUCAAGACGCCUGACGUAGACCCAAAAUGCAGACUGUGUAGCCGUUUUGAUGAAACCAUUGACCACCUGGUCUCUGGCUGCCCUAGACUGGCUAAAACUGAAUACAUUCACCGCCACAACAAGGCAGCUGCACACAUGCACUGGAAGAUCUGCAAAGAGUUCAGUAUUGAGGUGAAGGAUCGAUGGUAUGACCAUGAAACCACGACUGUCAACGAGAAAAACAAUAUCACCAUUUUGUGGGGCAUGCCCAUCCACACUGACAGAACCAUCGCAGCUAAUAGGCCGGACAUUGUGCUAAAGAACAAGAAGGACAAAAGUUGCCUUCUCAUUGACAUGACCGUACCCCUCGACGCCAACACCAGUGUUCUCCUUAGGUAUUUUAGGCCAGGCGGGCCGCCUGACUUGAUUCGCUUGAAAAUCGUUGCCGCCUGGCUUAAAAAUGAAGAUUUAACCCAAUGUAAGCUUAAUUUGAGAUUUGGAAAUGGGAAUUCCUAUCCAUAAGUAAAGAAGAAAUCACUCAAUAAAGUUGAUGAAACAUUG